AUGAAGUUUCUCAGUUGCAUUGCUGCUUUCGCUUUUGUGGACCUCUCGGUCGCUCAAAAAGUUGUGAAACACAACUUUGACAUUUUGCGUGGUUCGUCUUUUGAAAAGGCCCAGAAGUACCAGACUCCCCAAUUUGUCAAGCGUGACGAUGACGAGUAUGAGUUCUUUAUCAACAACAUGGAGACCUACUACCAGAUGAACAUCUCAGUCGGAACGCCUGGGCAGGACAUGGCUGUGUUGUUGGAUACCGGAUCGUCUGAUUUGUGGCUCUAUGAUUCUGCUGCUAAGUACUGUUCGAAGCUGGCUACCUCCACAUCCAGUGUAGCGACUGCAUCCACCGAUUUGCUAUAUGGAGCAACUCCUUCGGAUUUCAUUAACCCAAAAUUUGACAAUUGUGGUGGUAUUGGUGGCUUUGACUCAGACAAGUCGUCAACUUUCCACCGUAAUAAGACCGAGUUCUUGAUCAAGUACGGUGAUAACACCACUGCGGAAGGUUAUUGGGGUCGCGAUCUGGUCACUAUUGGUGAUACCAAAAUAUCAAAUCUCACAUUUGCGGUUGCAGCAUUCACCAACUCAACACCAGUAUUUGGAAUUGGUUUGCCCGGAGCAGAAACUACGUUUGGUGAGUACUUCAUUGCAUCUGAGAACUACACCUACGAAAAUCUUCCUGCUAAGAUGGCUACCGAGGGGUUGAUAAACACCCCAGCAUACUCUUUGUUUCUUAAUGAUGUGGAUGAAGACGUUGGAUCUGUUUUGUUUGGAGGUGUUGAUCACUCCAAGUAUUCCGGUAACCUCACAACCGUCAAAGUGGUUGACUGGGAUGGAGGACUGCAGGUUACUGUUUCCGAAAUCGACAUUCAAAAGGGCGACAAGGUUGCUGCUUUUGCUCAAGGAAAGUACCUUGCACUGCUUGAUAGUGGAACCACUCUGACUUACCUGCCAAACGAAUUGUACGAGACCUUCCAGGAGUUCACAAACGCUACCUGGGAUGACAACAUCGAACAGUACUACUACGACUGUGACGAAAUUGCUGACACUACAAUUUCAUUUGACUUCACAGGAGCAAAGAUUGAGGUCCCUCUCAAAUCUUUCACCUUUAAACAAUUUGGCAAGUGUGUUUCGGGAAUUCAACGUUACGAUUACGACGACGUGACCUAUUUCAUCCUCGGUGACAAUUUCCUGAGAAACGCAUAUGUCGUCUACGACCUGGAGAACUUAGAAAUUUCACUAGCACAAGCCAAAUACAAUGGGGGGAAAGAGGAUGUUGAAGAGAUCACCAAGAAGGGUGUUCCAUCCGCUGUCAAGGCCAAAUACUAUUCCGAUACAUAUAUCAUUGGUGAACACGAUGUCACAGAUGCCACUUCAUUGCUUUACCAUUCGGCUACUCCAGUUGUUUCGGCUACCACCACUUCAAGCAAUUCAAAAGCUACUGGCACUGCUAGCUCGUCCUCGGCUUCUAGCUCAAGCAAGGGCUCCGCUUCGUCCAACUCGUUGAGCUCGUCUUUGUUAGUCUCCGUUUUUGGAUUGCUUUCCAUGUUGUCCUUUGCUUAA